UCUGCUGGUGGAUGGGGAGAAAAUGGAGGUGAACAGAAGAGAAGUGCCUUUAUAUGGACAGGUGGAGGCCCAUGUAAUGUUACAACCCAUUCCUCCAGAAGACGCAGAGUUUUAUGUGGUUCUACAAGGCUCUAGACUUACCCAUGUGACUGAAGCAAAAAGAGGAGAUGAUGGACUGACUCUGUCUUUCACAGCUCCUGGCCAUGACCUUGUGGAAGUUGUCUCUGUCACACCUUACUUUUACACAGAGGACCAGGUCAAGCCCUGCAGGGGUGAAGCAUCUCUUGAAUAUGUCAGGGAUAUUGCCCAGGAAGCAGCAGAGUACCUGAGUGCAAACAAGGACCAGCUUGGCCCUCAGAGCUACCUAGAAGUCUUGAAGAGGUUUUCCACGUGGGUGCAGGGAGAUGACAAGGAACUCACUGCUGGACCAUUAGAUCGCAUUGAGGAGGAUGUACGGCUUAGACAAAGUUCAGGCGAUGAAGCAGAUGUCAAACAGCUGGAUGAGAGGAUCACACAGGCUAUGGCUAACAUGGAUUACCCUCAGCAGUGGAAAAACACUGACAAACAGCCCAGAGAAGCUGUUGAACUUCAGCCCAAAGAAACUCUCCUUCACCUUGCAGUGCGCUUGGGUUUGGUCCAUCUCUCCCGUUUCUUAAUUCACCAGCCAAGAGGUCAAAGGGCAUUGACUUUGCCCAAUCAGGAGGGAUACACACCUCUCCAGCUGGCUCAGAAGGAUGGAGAACAUGCCAUGUUCAGGGUGCUGGCAGCACCUCCAGGUCCUGUAGUCGGCCCCAUUCCCGGUGUAUGGUGUGUUUGGUCAGACAGCUCCCGCAUGAUGAGGUUUUGUCCUGGGACGGACUCAUUGACCCUGACUGUGCAGGAGUCUCCCAGCAGCUGCUCUCAGGAGGGCAUCAUGUUCCUCCGAGACAGACUGGGAGACCACAGCGUCCUCAAACUGAUCUCUGUGCUUAGAGCCGACAGUGAGGUUGAAAAGAGGGACAAAAAGGAAGGGCAUCCUAGCAAUGAAGGCGCUAGCAAGGAGAUCCGAGCGGAGGAGCAUGUGCUGGUUGACAAUGUUUUUGAAGAACAGCUUGUUCUCUCUUUGGAUGACGACGACGAUGAAGAAGAGUACCCAUCCUCAUUAUUUGUAAAUGGGCAUCCCAUGCAGUCCAAUGGAGUUCAAAGCCAGUUCUCCCAUCAUGCUACAGAACCUCUGCUUUCCAUGAUCAACAGCAGCAAUCAGACACAGCCGACACAGGCGGAUGAUGCCGACACAAGGUGCAAUAUCAGCGGAGUGACGAGUGACAGCACAGCGACUGACAGCGGAUUAUGGGACACAGUGGACUCAGAGGAUCUCCUGCUAGCCACUGAUACGCCUCCGCCCUAUUCAGAAGACUUCUACCCUCCCUCUGUACCCUGCUCUCUCCCUCUCCAACUCUCACGUGCUGACCAGGCACUCUCCAGGCUGAGCCGUCUCACCUCCCCUGAGUCGACCAAUCAGAGAGACAGUCCGCCCAUGGACACCUGCGACCUCAGUCCCAGUCUAGUGGCUCUGGAAGUGGACAGUGAAGAGGACAGCAUUGAGCCAAAGUCACCGCUUUCCCCGCUCUCCUCAGAUGUUGAGAAAAAUGAAGACAAAACUGAAACCAAUACUCACUCCCCUGACCUUACUUGCACUCGCAGCCAGUCUGCCUCCUCAGCAUGUGAACCCGCCACAAAAGAACUGGGUGACCAGGGGAUACGACUGCGCUCUUAUUCCUACUCCUCCUCGAAAAUCAGUUUACGUCCUUCUCGUUUUGCCCGGGACAACCACACUUUAGAUCCCAACCCAGAACAAAGAGCCUCCAGUAUAUCAGAACAGGCACAUGAGAAAAGAAUUGAAGAGGAGGAGUUGGAUAAGUACAACAUCCCAACCAAGGUGGAGUCAGAGAAGUACAAAGUGAUUCGUACCUUCAGUUUUCUCAAGAACAGGAUGGCCAGUACACGCAACAAGACAAAGGGGAAAGGGAAGGACAGAGAAGCCAAGGAUAGACAGACAAAUGGACACCAGUUUGCAACAGGCUCCUGUUUGGGCCCCACAGUGUGCGUGGUUUGUGACAAACCAGUAACUGGAAAAGACCUUCUACAUUGCCCCCGUUGCACUGCCAUGGUCCAUAAAGGCUGUAAAGAAUCUGUCCCCCCAUGCUUGAAAAAACUACAGGAUAAGUAUACUGUUACCAUGGUGAAGAACAGGACAGCAUCCCUCCCACAGAAUUUCACAGUGAGAGACAGCCCUCCUCAGUCUGUGAUCCCCAUCUCCAACUCUCCUCCUAUCGUGUCCCCUAAAGAGAAUAAGGACGCCUCACCUCUAUCAUGCACGCUCUCUGGAAGCUUCCCCAGCAGCGAAAGUCGGCUCAGUGAGAGUUCAGAGACAGAGCUGGAUAACUGGAAGCUGUCCAGCCAAUCAGACGAACUCCAACCAACUCCUGUGUCCUCCACCUCCACUGACUCAUCCUUGGGAGAUGACUGUGUGGAUGGGUAUAUCCACAGUGACAUCUUAGCUGAUGCUGUGGAUUUCGAGGCUGAGUCAUGGAGUCUGACAGUGGAGCACAAGUUCUGCAAGAAGCAGGACAAACGAGCUGUCAAGAGGCAGGAUGUUAUCUAUGAGCUGAUGCAGACUGAGGUUCACCACCUACACACUCUGCACAUCAUGGCAGAGGUUUUCCGGCGAGGUAUGAAGGAGGAAGUGCAGCUUGACACAGAAGCGGUGGAGCGGGUCUUCCCCUGUCUGGACCAGCUGCUCCUCCUCCACCAUGCCUUCUUCACUGCCUUGAAGGAGCGGCGACACAGCUCGGCCCAGCCACAGGGCCACAGGAACUACCUCAUCCAACGAAUAGGAGAUGUCUUACUUCAACAGUUUUCAGAUGAGAAUGGAGAAAAAAUGAAGCAGGUGUAUGGAGAAUUUUGCAGUCAUCACAAUGAAGCGGUCAGCUUUUUCAAAGAGCUCCAGCAGCAUAACAAGAGAUUUCAGAACUUCAUUAAGCAACAAGGUAAUAAUUCAUUGGUGCGACGGAAAGAGAUCCCUGAGUGCAUCUUACUGGUUACCCAAAGGAUUACAAAGUACCCAGUGCUGCUGGAGAGGAUCCUACAAUAUACCCAAGAAGAAACAGAGGACCAUGCAGUCCUCUCCAAAGCACUUGUCCAGAUUCGAGAGGUGAUUGCAGCUGUGGACUUGAGUGUCAGCGAGUAUGAGCGGCAUCAGAGGUUACAGGAAGUGUGGAACCGCAUAGAGAAUCGCAGCACAGCCAAGCUAAAGAACGGCCAUACCUUCCGCAAGCAGGACAUGAUGGGUCUGGGACAAACCCUCAAACACCAGGGCCUGCUCCUGUGGAAGACCGCUACCGGCCGACUUAAAGAUGUCCUGGCACUCCUUCUCACAGAUACUCUCAUCUUCCUACAAGAAAAAGACCAGAAGUAUACAUUUGCAACUGUGGAUCAGAAGCCUCCUGUCAUUGCACUGCAGAAGUUAAUAGUGCGAGAAGUAGCAAAUGAAGAGAGAGGCAUGUUUCUGAUCAGCGCAUCAGCCGCCGGGCCAGAAAUGUACGAGGUCCACACAUCGUCCAAAGAGGAACGAAAUACCUGGAUGAGGCUCAUUAGAGAGGCUGUGGAGAGCUGUCCGGAGGAAGAAGAAGAAUACACAAGUGAAUCUGAAGAGGAGAAGCGAGUUGCUGAGGCUCGUAUUCAGAAGAUCCAUAAAAUACAAGAGAGUCUGAUGAGCCAGGACCAGCAGAUCUGCUCCAGCCUGGAGGAAAAGCUGCAGAUCUUUGCAGAGCUCUCUGCUCUGAGUGGGAGGACGGAGGCUUCUCUGAUUGAACCGCGACUGCUCGUCCAGCCGCACUCAGAGGAGCCGCCCCAGGCUGCUGCGCUGCUGGCUGCAGCUCUGCAAGAAGCUGAGAACCUUAAAGCCGCACUGUCCUCCAAGGUCUGUUCCCCAUCCAGUCACAGCUCUGACUCCGACAUAGACUCUGUGUUUCCUGUCAGCCCUGUUACACUUGAGGAACCCCCAUCAGACCCAGAGGCCUCACCAAGGGACCCUGAGGCCAGUGAGAGGAGUUGGGCCGAGGCGGUUGUACUUCAGUCCCCGACUCACUUGCAAAAAACAGACACAGAUGACAUUGACUUUAAGGUUGCUCAAAGUGUUCAAAGCCUCACCCAGUUACUCUACAGUCUGCAGGCCGCAGUGACCAUCCAGGACAGCUGUUAUGAAGUCCAGAAGCUCCUCCUCCAAGAGAAUGGGCGCCCUUCCCCCUGCCCCCAGCGACCCCACCUUCCGAGCAUCCGGGGCAACACCUUACAAGAACAGGAGAAGCAUCGCAACCUGGAGAAGAGGAAGGAGGAGAUGGCGGCGGCUCAGCGUCUCCAGGGCCGGCUGCGCCAAGAGAAGGAGCGCUGGGAGAAGGAGUGCCAGGCCAGGGAGAGCCAGCAGGGGGAGCAGGAGAGCAGGCUGGAGGAGAGGGAGAGGCAGUGCCACCUGGAGGUGGAGAGGCUGAGGCGAGAGAGGGAAGAGCUGGAUGAACAGUUGGAGGAGUACCAGCAGAGUCUGGAGCGGCUCAGGGAGGGCCAGAGGAGUGUGGAGAGGGAGCGUGAGCGGCUGGAGAACCAGCAACAGCUGCUCCAAAACUGGAGGCACGGCCGGCAGAGGAGCCUGCCCACUGUGAUUCCUCACAUGGUCAUCCCUCUAGAUGAGCAGCAGGAGUCUGCACCAAGUCAGCCCAGAGACCAUGCUGGUAACGGCUCCGUGUUCGUGAACGAGGCUGCGUUCGGCAGCGCCAGCCUCAACAACCGCCACGUCCGCCACAAAGGAAAUGACCCCCGCGCACACAAUUGUCUCAACACCCUGCUGGCAAGAUCCAACAGCAGACAGCCCUCCAGAGCUAAGACCCAACACAAUCCGCACUCAGACUCACAGGGAUGGACGAUGGGGACCGGAUACUUGUACAGUCCUGCAGGAAGACUCGGACUGGAGCAGUUGCCCAGUGAUCAUAACAGUCACAGCUACAUCGGGGAGACCUGGUCGUCAACAGCAAGCGGAGCUGACCCGUAUCCGGUCCUCCCGCAUCCCACUGACCCUCAGUUGGACCUCAGCGCACUGGUUUCCUUGGAGACUGACAGCGGUGGGGAGGAGGGCAGGGAAGAAACCAUUGUGUACCUCUGAAUGUUAAUACAUUUCAGACUCUUGAAACACCAACCCAGCACUUGGAGGAAGAUCAUGACGCAUCAGAAUCAGGACUGAACCCAGGGAAGCAUUUCUCUGUAUAAACAGUUGUCUUGUACAGCAUUUGUGUUUCGUUUGUUUUUUUUUUUUCAUAUUUGAAAGAUUGUUUUUGUUUUCUUUUUUGUAACAUGGAGAGUUACUGGAAACACGGACUGAGAAACAGAGAUAAAGAAACUGAGGUUGUUUCAGAUUUAAUCUCACAUGUGUCAUGCACCUUAGCUCAAGGCACCAUACUGUGUUCAAUGUCUAUUUUCUGUUUUUUGUGUGUGUGUGUGGGGUCUUUAUUGACUGCCUGGGCCCCUGCAGCCCCACCUUUCCUUCUUCCCCCCUCUCUGCGCCUCACUGCCCCCCCCCCCCCUUCUUUCUUUUCUCAGGUCCCACAUAUCUCAUCCCUCAAGCUGUGUAUUUAUUAAAUUUACCACAGAGGGAGAAAAAGCGUACACCCAAUAUCAGCGAAACAUCAGGCUGCAUCUCCCUAGCGGGUGAUUGUCUUGCCUUGGAGUAAACAGCCCCUCUUUGGUUUAUCAGAGAGGCUCUGUUUAUUUACAAGCCGAGCAUAACGUGAAGCACAAAACAUUAGAAUUGAAAGAUGAGGUGUGACAGCGUCAGUCCCACGUUUUUCAGACUCGCUGCCUGUGGCCAUCAUUUAUUCCUUUUUAUCUGGAGCAUGUAUUUCUUGUUAAGAGAAGGGAGCGCAGAUGUUGAUUUAAGAAAGAUGUUGCAGCUGUGCUAAUAUGUCAGUUUUAUCGGAGCACAGAAAUCCAAGCUUCUUUUGAGUGCAGCUGUUACUGCUAAAUGUAAAAAGGGACUUGUGGUGCAGGAACAUGUUGGGAUGUCAGUUGGCUCACCACUUUUGUCCAGACUUAAAUACAUCUAUCAAAUGGAUUGCCAUGAAAUUUUGUACAGACAUUCAUGAUCCCCAGAUGAUUAAUCUUAAUUAAUUUGGUGAUUCCUUAACUUUUUCUUCUAGUACCAGAUUGCCAUGAAAUUUGGUAAAGGUUAUUGGUAGGGGAAGCAAAGCUUUCAUGAAAUACUGAAUCAAUACGAUCAGUAAUUCGAUUAAAAAUAGUUUGUUGUUUCGAAGCAUUUGAUACGGUCAAAACAUUUGCUGAGCAACUAUUGAUAUUGCAUUUGUAUGGAUGGAUUAAAUCUGAUACCAUGAUGAAACAGUUAGUCAGAAUAAAAGUGGUCUUUUUUUUUUUUCAGUCUACUAUUUUAAUGGACCACUUUUAAACAGUGUGCAGCUGCAACAGCGUGGUAAAGCGAGGCGCGGAAACAUCUUGAUGCAAUGACUUUGCUUUGAAAGAUCAAUGCUGUGUUGAGCAGUCUGUGUCAUGCAUAACAAAACUAGUAAACACAUCUACGUAUAUCCCGCUCAGGAUGAAUUGUAAUAACUUUGGUGAUCCUUAACUUUUCAACUAGCACCGUCUUCUGGUCUAAAUUUAAAUUUGUCCAGUACUUCAUUGUAUGACCAAAUACCUGCAAAACUGACGACAUUCCCAUCUGCCUCAAUUGUACUUUGUGUUCAGUGCUAAUUAGCAAACGUUAGCAUGGUAACACACUAAACUGAGAUGGUGAACAAUGCAAAUAUUAAAACUGCUGGACAUCAGCAUGUCAGCAUUGCCAUUACGAUGUUAGCAUGGUGAGAUUAGCAUUUAGCUCAAAAUAACGCUGUGCCUACAGCCUUACAGAGCUGCUGGCUGUAGACUCUCAGUCUAUUACUCUCUUUUUUUUUUUUUGCUUUAUACAAACUGUAAAGGGUGAAAGACGUCCUAAAAUUAUUCUCAAGGCACCCUGAACCAUAUGAAGUGCCCUUAUUGAUACUGUCAUGCUUAAUGCUUAACUAUUACACUUGAAUAUUCAUGUGGUAUAUUUACAUAAUGUCUCUCAUGGGCAUUUUUAUGUGUAGAUAAGUCCCCUGUGCCAAUGCUUUAAGUGUCCCUUGAUGUUUUUUACAGAUGCAAGAGAUGAAUUGGUUUAAUUACUGUCAUAGUUUCCUAAUGGGACAAUAAGGUAGUGGCAGUAUUUUGAUGUGAGUUUAGUACCAUGUAUAUAUGUGUGUGCUUUUAUUUAUUUAUUACCAUACAGGAGUUGUAAUGUUUUACAGUGCUUUGUGAAGGGUAUUGUAUGUAGCAGUGUAACUGUGUAAACAGAUGAACAGGUGUGUUUUCUUGCUGUGUGCUCAUGUUUUAUAUAUUCAGACAUGACUGUAUUGAUAAAAUUACUUUUGU